CACGUCCGCUCACUUUGAAUUGUUCGGUACCUUUCCUGGAGUUUCAUUGAUGAGCAUCAAGUUCUCAAUCACACUUUAUAAAGGUUACUAUUUUUGCCUUAUCUUCGAUAAUUUAACUCCAAAUCAAUGAAUAUCUUACCUAAAAAGAGGUGGCAUGUACUAAAAAAGGAGAACAUUGCCCGUGUGAGAGCAGAUGAGGCGAAAUUUAAUGAAGAACAGAAAAAGAUCGAAAUCAAAGCACAGCUUGCUGAUCAGGAAGCAAGAGUAGAUUUCUUGAGAAAGCAGAGGAAUAAUAAAUCGUCAUCUGGCUCUGGCUUAGCUGGAUUCCAACUGGCUUUAAGCAAGGAUAAUGUCCUAAAUGUUUCACAAGGAAAUAUUGAGUAUGAAAAAGAAAAGAAAGAAGAACAGGAAAAAAAGGAAAAGGCGAUCGGUCUUCUAACAUACUUAGGUCAAACUGUUCUGGAUGCUGCAGGUGAAAAACCUUGGUAUGAUAUACAUCCUCGAGAUCAUCAGCGGCGUGAAAGCGAACGUAAAAAAGACAAUGAGGAGAUGGAAAUAAAAAAGAAAACCUUGGCUGAUCCGCUGACAGAAAUGAAGAAAGUUGAAAACAUGUUUAAGCACCAUAAGGAAAUGAAAAAACAACAAGAAGCCAGUGAAUUACAACGCGCUAAUGCUUGCAUGCAUGCAAUGCCAUCGCUGUUUCCUGAUGACAUAAUAGUACCAAAGCAUCAAAGUCCAAAAAUGGCUGCACAAAAGAAAGUCGAAAAUGGAGAUCUUCCAAAAUCAACCGAAUCUAUACUCACACUUAGUGAGCACACGUCGAAAGCACCACCUACAGAAGUUCUUCUGAAAUCUGAUGAUAAAAUUGAGAAGUCAAAUGUAAUUGAAAUGGCCAAGAGUUCAGAAAUCAAUCGUCUUCGAGCAGAACGACUACAGCGCGAGCGAAAAGAAAGAGACAGAGCAGCAGUCUUGCUAGCCAAGUCCAUGGGGUUGACAGACGUCUUAAGACACCCGAUUGAGGAACAAGUUUGCGUUGACGAACGUAAACUGCCCUUCAAUUCUGCAUUUAAUCCUGAACUAUCUGCCGUUCUAGCUGAACGACGUCGACGCCACAGGGAGUCACGGAAACGACACUACGAUGAACAAGACUAGAUUUUUUAUCUGAAGGAUAAUAAUUACGUAAAUUGUAUAUAUGCAUGUUUGCAACCGUCUUUAUAUAAAACUGUUCGUAAUACGUUCUGGUAUUUGCAGUAACACUUUCAAAAUGUGAUUUCGAUCGGCGGCCUCUCCACAUUCUGAUUUUAACGGAAACAUUACCAAGAAUGACUUUAUUCCUUUAUUUUACUAGUGGGUUUUAUGGACUUACAUGUGCAGCAAUACUUCCGAUAGUCAAGAUACUUUCAACGACAAUGCAGUAGAAAGAUUCAUCAGAAAAUAAUUUGAUUUCUUAAUAAUAAAGAGAAUCUACUAACACUAAUAACUUCUAUUUUUC